GCAUAAGUUUGUAUAUAAAUUUUUUUACAGGAUUGUAGGAAAUAUAUCGUACAUGAGUGAUAAUUGUUAGUUGAUUAUCUGUAGGUUGAUGUGCAUCUAAAGAAUGGAACUUGGGCAAGAGCUGCUGUUCCAAGUGGCGCCUCCACUGGAAUUUACGAAGCCCUCGAAUUGAGGGAUGGAGGUUCAGACUACCUUGGAAAGGGUGUUGCUAAGGCCGUUAACAAUGUCAACUCCAUCAUUGGUCCUGCUCUCAUUGGCAAGGACCCAACUGAUCAAACUGGUCUUGAUAACUUCAUGGUUCAACAACUUGAUGGAACUCAGAAUGAGUGGGGUUGGUGCAAGCAAAAGCUAGGUGCCAAUGCCAUAUUGGCUGUCUCACUUGCUGUGUGCAAAGCUGGAGCUGCUGUCCUAAAUAUUCCCCUUUACAAGCACAUUGCGAACCUAGCUGGUAACAAGAAGCUGGUGUUGCCAGUUCCUGCUUUUAAUGUCAUCAAUGGUGGAUCACAUGCUGGAAACAAAUUGGCCAUGCAGGAAUUUAUGAUUCUUCCUGUUGGAGCUUCUUCAUUUAAGGAGGCUAUGAAGAUGGGUGUGGAAGUAUAUCAUAAUUUGAAGGCUGUUAUUAAGAAGAAGUAUGGCCAAGAUGCUACCAAUGUUGGUGAUGAGGGUGGCUUCGCUCCUAACAUUCAGGAGAACAAAGAAGGUCUUGAAUUGCUCAAGACAGCCAUUGCCAAAGCAGGUUAUACAGGAAAAGUUGUCAUUGGAAUGGAUGUUGCUGCAUCAGAAUUUUAUGGAUCAGACAAGACAUACGAUUUAAACUUCAAAGAAGAGAACAACGAUGGCUCGCAAAAAAUUUCAGGUGACCAGCUCAAAGAACUCUACAAGUCCUUUGUUUCUGAGUAUCCGAUUGUAUCCAUUGAAGACCCCUUCGAUCAAGAUGACUGGGAGCACUACGCCAAGCUAACUGGUGAAAUUGGAGCUCAAGUACAGAUUGUGGGAGAUGAUCUCUUGGUCACCAAUCCCAAGAGAGUUGGGAAGGCAAUCAAUGAGAAAACUUGUAAUGCUCUUCUUCUCAAGGUAAACCAAAUUGGAUCUGUGACUGAGAGUAUUGAAGCUGUAAAAAUGUCCAAGAAGGCUGGUUGGGGUGUGAUGGCCAGUCACCGCAGUGGAGAGACUGAAGACACUUUCAUUGCUGAUCUCUCUGUCGGGUUGGCAACGGGACAAAUCAAGACCGGAGCUCCAUGCAGGUCAGAACGUCUUGCAAAAUACAACCAGGUAAAGCAUCGACUUCUUUUAUCUUGCCAUACAUCAAUUAUCUCAAUCAAAUUAUGAGCCAUUCUGAUUCGAUGGU